UAUGCUCAUCAAAUCGCUCGAUUUGGAGUAAACGAUAUCUUCGAAAGCGACGAGUUAAAGUGAUUGAAGAAGAACAAGAUGAUGCAUUUCAAACACGCACUUAUCACUUGUCUUCUCGUUUUAUCAACAACUACCAUCAUUUCUGCUCAAAUACCCGAAAAUCCAGUGUGCCAACCAACGAAUCAGAUUGGAAAUGCAACCGGUGCACAUUUUUUGUACUUUCUUGAUAAGGCUAUUGAACCGGAUUUGCUCUCUCGUCUGACAUAUCUUCUCAAAGCAAUUUCCUGCGAGAUUCCAAGCAAUGAGAAGAUUAAGAACAUGAUCGUAUCUUAUUCUGGGGAUAAUCAAUACUUUGGUGAAGCCGUGAAAAGUAGUCAGCUACCUUCCAGUUUGUAUCUUCCGGUAAAGGAAUCCUCGAAGCCAUCCUCAAAUCCUUGUGAUAGCUUUCGCCAAGCGAUUGCAAAAACGCCGUCGGAAUAUUUGAAUCACGAAAAUGUGCAGUUCAUUGUGUCCGUUUUCGGUGACGCCACGUGUUUUUUGAAAGCUUUUCAAAGUCAGUUCAACGGGAAUUCGCGGAAAAAGAGCUUCUUCUACAAUGGAAUUCUUGUUAAUUCAAAUCUAACCAAUUCAAAUAAUCAAUCGAUCAGAAUGGUGAUUCCGGAUUUGGUGAAAGCAAUUAACACAAGCAGAGUCUCCCUUGUAGGUUCCGACAAAAUCAACGAGGUCCAUGAAAGUGCUCAUUUGGUUCAGAGUUAUGCGAGCAUGAUUCGAGAUAUCCUUCUUGGCAAUAGUGUUCACGACUGGGAAGAAAUUCUGACAACUACACUUGCUCCGGUGACGUCAACCAUGCCCCCAACAGCAAAAAGAGCAGCAUCGAUAGACGAUGAGGGAGAAAUGUUGACGUUCGAUGGUAGUGCGGAUGAGGAAGUGGUGAUUCCUCCAUCAAAUGCUACUAAUUCGACGUCUACAAUUGCUCCGACAACUCAUACAAUCCUCUCGAGCACAACAGAAGUGAAGACUACUAGAAAGCAAUUCAAAAAGAUUGUUCCGAUUCCCAAACCAUCGAAGAUCCCGUCUCGUUCUUCGACAGCUCGUCCCACAACAACCACUGAAGAAUACGAUGCGGAUACGGAAGAAGACGCCGAAAAACUUGAAAUGAUGUCAGGGAAGAGGAAAGUGGAUAAUGGAACUACUGUAUAUGUUCCCAGUGAUCCGGAUGCCCAGGAAGGAAUCGAUGCGAACAUCCUUAUCUACAUCCUACUCCUUGUCCUUCUCAUUUGGUGCUUCUGUAUUGCCCUGUGUCUUAUUUGGAUGUACGUGUGUGCCAAGCAACGAAAACACAAGAUGAUCAGUAAAGCUGAAGAGGAACGUGAAGCUAUGUUGGCACUUUUGGAGAAAGGACACGAGACGGAGCACAGUUCUCGUAGAGCUAAACCAUCGGUUUCUGUGGAAAGUGAUGAGUUUGAUAAGGAGUGGAAAAAUAUCAAACCAUCCAAGUACACCCCCGCUUCUGUUUCCACUAACGAAACUAAAUCCGAAUUGGAGAGUGUGAAGCAACCGGUUGCAGCUACCCAUGUCGCUCCUGUAGAAGUUUCAGAGUUCGAGGAGAGGCUCGAUGAUGAUGUGGAUCAUAAGCCAAGACAUGGAGGAUAUGUUAAGACGAAGAGAACUGCUGACUUACAUUUUGACUGAAAAUGAAUAAAGUUUAUGAGGGAAUU